AUUUUGAAGACGAAAUUGAUAGGUUAAUCUUGUGAUUAGGUUCCGUUGCGUGGCAUGCCAAACUUUUGUGUUAGUGAUAUAAGAGCUUCGUUUAUGGAGCUUCGUUUCACUUCACUUCAUCUUUCUCAUCUCUCUGUAAUCUUUCUGAGUUUUGUUUUGUUGUGUAAGGAGCUCUGAACCCACACAACUUCAAUCAACUUGGAGCUCAAGGACCCGUCACUUUCUUACGCCCACUUUAAACUCCUCACCCUUCCUUUUCCCUCUCUCUCUCUCUCUCUCUCUCUGUUUCUCCCAAAUAUUUUACUCUUUCACCCAAAGAUUUUGGUUUUCUCCGACCAAAUACACUGGAACAAAACAUGACAUCCUCUGUUACCGAUGAUUCCCAGAUUGUUUUGCCGCCCGGAUUUCGCUUCCAUCCAACCGAUGAAGAGCUUAUUUCUCAUUAUCUCUCUAAGAAGGUGGUCGAUUCCAAUUUCUCUUGCAAACCCAUUGGAGACGUCGAUCUCAACAAGUCUGAGCCUUGGGAUUUGCCCUGGAAAGCGAAAAUGGGGGAAAAGGAAUGGUACUUUUUCUGUUUGAGGGAUAGGAAGUAUCCCACUGGGUUGAGAACGAACAGAGCCACUGAAUCAGGGUAUUGGAAAGCUACAGGCAAAGAUAAGGAGAUUUACAGAGGAAAAACGCUGGUGGGGAUGAAGAAAACUCUUGUUUUCUAUGGGGGAAGAGCCCCAAAAGGGGAGAAAUCCAACUGGGUCAUGCAUGAAUUCAGAUUAGAGGGAAAACCCUCUGCCAUUAUUAACCACCCAAAUACUGCAAAGAAUGAAUGGGUGAUUUCGAGGGUGUUCCAGAAGAGCUGUGGAGGGAAAAAAGUUCACAUUUCUGGGUUGGUUAAAUUGGGUUCUUGUUCUUCUUCUGCUCUGCCGCCAUUGAAGGAUUCUUCUUCUUCUUCUUCAUCGUUCAAGAUCAAACCAGUUCCCGAAUUGGCUCACGUGCCCUGCUUCUCCAACGCCAUGGAUUCUUCUCAAAGAACCCCACCGAGAAUCACUGAUUAUUCUCUCAAUUUCACUUCCUAUUUUCCCACUAUUUUCCCGAGAAACACACAGCCCACUCCAUUGUACAAUCCAGAAUCCAUCUCUUUCCCUUCAAAUUUGCAGUUUCCAAACAUGGCUCGAACAUUCAAACCUGCAGAAGGGGAAAGAAUCAGCGUGUCCCAAGAAACAGGGCUAACUACUGAUAUGAACAUCGAAAUCUCUUCUGUUGUUUCGAAUCUCGAAAUGGGUCGAUCGCCAUUCGACAAUCAGAACGCUCCCUCUGCUUCAACUGCUGCACCGUUGAACUUGAACCCCCAAAUGGUAUGGAAUUACUGAAGCAAUUCGCAAAAGGGGUUGCUUUCAAUUGAUGAAUAAUGUGUAAACGUGUCUUUUUGGUGCUGUGAAAGUGAAGUUGGAGCAGUGCUUWAAUGGCUUCCGCAGCCAUUGAAGAUAUUAUGUUGGGAGUAAAGUCAGUAUCAAUAUGAUAAGGAUAAUGGAUGGUCUCCAUCUCUAUCUUCUUUCUUUAUUACAAACAAACAAACAAAAUUGUGUGCAAAUUCGCUUUCAUAUCCAGCUCUUUACAUGAUAUAAUUGAGUCAAGUAAUCUUAGUACAUUUUGAAUGAUUAUGGUUUAGUUUGAGUUUUGAUUAAAA